GUUUAAUUGGUGCUCUAAGUCUAGGUGAAGUAUUUCGGUGGUCAUUAUUUUGAAAAUUUUCAAGAUGGCUGUGUUUGGAUAUUUCAUCAACUACCACGUAUACAUUCUCAUAUUAUCAAUGGUGGUGAUCAACAAUGCACAACACGAGGGGAAGUGUGAACCGAUAACGUUGUCUAUUUGCAAAGGAAUUCAAUACAAUGUCACUAUAUUCCCCAAUAUAUUGGGUCACCAAGAUCAAUCUGAGGCUGGACUUCAAUUAAAUCAGUUUUACCCGUUGGUUAAGGUUGGUUGCUCGCCCACUUUGCAGUUAUUCCUGUGUAGCGUUUACACCCCUAUCUGUUCCACAUACAACAGAGCAUUCCCACCUUGCAGGCAUAUGUGUGAAGAAGCAAAAGCAUGUGAAAAAUUAAUGAAAAAAUUUGAUUUCAGCUGGCCCAGAGAUCUAGAUUGCAGCAAGUUUCCUUUAAAAACAGAAGGUGAUUUGUGCUUUGGAAGGGACAUUAUACCAAGUACUAUCACUCCUACAUAUGUGGAUAGAAGGCAGUGUUUAACUGGAGUUGGCUUUUCUUGUCCUGCUCACAUGACUGUACACGAGAAUGAUAUAAGUUAUGAGUUCAUGGAAACUGAAAACUGUGGCGCGCCCUGUGAUAGUAAAAGGCUCAUGUUUUGGACAGAGGGGGAAAAGCAAUUCGCAAACUUAUGGAUUGGAUGUUGGUCAUUUAUUUGUGUGAUUUCCACUCUUUUCACAGUUCUUACUUAUCUUAUUGAUAUGCCGAGAUUUCUUUACCCAGAAAGACCAAUAAUAUUCCUAUCAGGUAGGUGGGUUGUUCUCACCAUAACAUGGUUUCUGGCUGCUGGUUUAAAGUGGGGCAAUGAAGCAAUUGAAGCGAAAAGUCCAUAUUUCCACGGCACAGCAUGGUCACUGCCAGCAAUUCAAACUGUCAUUGUUCUCAUCUCAUCUAAGAUUGAAGGGGAUUUGCUAAGUGGGGUAUGCUUUGUUGGUGUGUACAACACUAAGCAUCUUCUAUGGUUCUUGCUUGUACCAUUGUCCAUCUAUCUACUUGUGGGAACCUGUUUUCUAGUAGCAGGAUUCGUGGCCAUGUUUAACAUCAGAAACGUUGUAAAACAUAAUGGAGGAACUGGUAAAGUGGAAAAAUUGGAAAGACUAAUGGUUCGAAUUGGAGUCUUUAGUGUUUUAUAUACCGUACCUGCUACAGUCAUGAUUGCUUGCUACUUCUAUGAACAAAUGAACAGAGAUUCGUGGCAAAAAGGCUGGUUUGCCGAAAACUGCAGAAAAUUCAGAGUCCCUUGUCCGUGUGAAUAUUCAAAACAUGUUGGAAACAAACCAGACUUCAUUGUCUUCAUAAUCAAGUAUUUUGUCAUGCUCAUUGUUGGAAUCACAUCUGGUUUUUGGAUCUGGUCAAGCAAGACUGUUGAAUCGUGGGCCAAUUUUAAAGACAAUCUAUGCUGCUUUAAGUCAUCAACACAGCGUGUGGCUGGAUACCAGCGUGGUGCACCAAACACUAAUACGGCUCUACAGUCUGGAACAUUACCCCACUGUACAGAUGCUUUACAACCACUGUAUCAAACUGCUCAGCACUCAGCGUAACCUGAGCCUUGAAAUUUGUUUCACUAAAGUUGAUUCUUUGUUUCAAGGUCGUUGCGUUGCCCGCCAUAUCUGAUGGUUAAUACAAUGAAUGGAAAAAACUGAUGGCAUUAACUUAUAUUCAACUUUUUACCAAAAUAGUAGAAGUUAGACAGUGGAACACCACUAAUCUUUUACACUCGUUUUUAUUGUUUAUUCACUUCCGUUCUUGCACACCACACGUUGCAAUAAUAUUCUGUAAUAAAUAUAUUUCUGCUCCACCAACAUAAACUAAAUAAAGUAACUUGUAGACCUACAUUCGUAAUAUCACUUUCUUUUCCCCCUCAAAAAUAUUUCCCACUUAUAACGUAGCAUACAUAACAUCGUAUACACAUUUCUUUCCUGCUCUUGGCAGUAUGUUUUUACCGGUGCUAUUUUAUUACUUUAUUUUUAUGACCAUUCUUUUAAUAUACAAAGUUUUUAAGCUAACGGCACAGCCUUACAAUUUCAAAUACUUUUACCGUAAAACGUCCUAAUAUUUUUACCAAGCAUGCGAUAUCCAAUCUAACAAGCGGCUUAACUAACUUCACGCCUUUUUUUGCCGCCGACAAAUAGUGAGAAGUGUUUUUUUAUUUUCUCUUUUCACAUGUACACAGCAUUUGAAAAUAUAAACAGUUGUAAAAUGAAACGGCAAUUGAUAAUGUUUACUUGUGGUGUCUGUACCGGUUGGUCGCCUUAAUAAAUCAAACCAUACACGCUUGAA